AUGGAAGACGUAAGAGUUGUGCCUGCCUGUUCUGAGGAAUUAAAGCCUGUUAUUGGUCAGAAGUUCCAAUCAUUAGAUUUUGCACUCGCGUUUUAUGAUGUGGAAGGCCAGAAGAAGUCCAACGAGGAUGACCAAUUGAAUGCACGUUCCGGUUUCUCCAUGAAGCGCCGGCGCUUAUCUAAGCGAUGUGGAUGUAAAGCGAGUAUAUCCUUCAAGUAUUUCUCUGAUAAUGGACUUGCAGGUUACAUAGUCCAGCAUUUCAACGAGCUUCAUAACCAUGAUAUGGCGAAUAUUGGACCCACACAUACGUUUAAGGUGUUGAAAGAAACUCUUGGUGGGUUUGACCUGGUCGGUUGUACUGUUGGGGACAUCGGGAAUGCGUCACGCGACAUUAAAGCAUAUGCACAUGGAUUCGAUGUGCAAAUGGUGUUGGACGACAUGGCUAAAAAGAAGGAAAUGUCUGAGUCGUACACAUAUCAUUAUGAGGUUAACGAAAACAACCAGUUGGUUGCCUUGUUUUGGUGUGGCGGCUUGAUGAAGAGGAAUUACCACAUGUUUGGUGACAUUGUAGCCUUUGACUCCACGUAUAAAACGAACAGCUAUAUAUGCUUCUAUAACAGAAAGGACAAUCAUGGAAGACCUGUAACCUUUGCGGCUGGCUUGGUAUCCAAUGAGAAAACAGGGACAUUUGGCUGGUUGUUUAGACAUUUUGUUGAAUGCAUGGGCAUAGCACCGAAGAUGAUUGUGACAGAUCAAGACAAUGGAAUAAGAUCAGCCAUUGAAGAGGUUUUGGUUGGCACGCGACACCGAUGGUGUAUGUGGCACAUAAUGCAUAAGUUGGCCACCAAGGUUCCAAAUAGGUUGCUGAGGGAUGAAGCUUUCAAGAAGGAAUUCAGUGCAUGCGUUUGGUCUGAUUUGCUUGAGCCUGACGAAUUUGAAGAGGAGUGGAAAAGAGCUGUGGAAAGUCAUGGGUUGGAAGACUUUGACUGGUUUAACUCAUUGUACGAGCACAGGCAUUUCUGGAUACCGGCGUAUUUUAGAGAUUUUCCACUGGGUUCGAUGAUUAGGACUACGUCCAUUUCCGAAUCGGAGAACAGUUUCUACAAAAGAUUUUUGAAGCCCCGGGCGAACAUAGCCGAGUUCUAUUUGAAUUUCAACCAUGCUGUUGAGUUUCAGCGAAACAGUCGGACUGCUUUAGACUACCACGAUGCCACUGUUUUGCCCAUUUUGGCCACUACCUUGCCGUUCGAGAAACAUGCAUCAACGCUAUACACCGAUACGAUGUUCAAGAGAAUACAAGAAGAAAUCGUUGAGGGUAACGACAGGUGUCGCGUGCUAGGUUUUACUUCGACUGAAUUUGUUGACACAUAUAAGCUUGGGGAUAGCAAUCGAAAAUCGUAUUUGCUGACUCAUGAUAGGAGUGAUGAUUCAUACUGUUGCGAAUGCAAACUCUUCGGUAGGCAUAGAUAUUUGUGCAGUCAUAUUUUUUUCCUGUUCAGGAACAAUGAAGUGAAGAAGAUACCAGAUAAAUACUGCCAAAGUAGGUGGAUGAAGACUCCGCUAGCCAAGGCGGUCCAUGGGGAGUUCCAUGAUGACCUCCCUAUCAGGUCUGUUGUUGACGAUAGGCAAACACUGUCAAAGCAAGGCAUUUCUAUUUUCUGCGGUUUUCUUCGGCGCUUCGAGGGGGACAUUGAAUUGCUAUGGUCAUUUGUAGUUGGCGUGGAAGAACUUGGUAAUUCUCUACAAGCUGGGAAUCCUACAACGUCUGUAGCUGAAAAAAGGCGGAUGGUUGAAGAGUUUUAUGGUAUGGUGCGGCCUGAAGUUGUUGAGGUCCAUCCUCCAGAUGUUGUUAAGACCAAGGGGCAUGCAAGCAGCUCAGCGAGCCGACUGAUUUCGAAGAGAGAAAAGGCUUUAAAGGAUGCGAGUAGGCCUCUUAGACGGUGUAAGGCUUGCGAUGAGAUGGGCCAUCAUGAUUCCAGAAAUUGUCCAAUGCUUAAAGAGAUGGAGAUGGAGAUAGAGUUGGGGAAGGGCAAGCGUUCGAUUUGA